AUGAAAAUUUUGAUGCUGUCCUCUAUUAUAACGUUUUCAUUACUUUUAUUACAAUCCCAUUAUCAUUCUCAAGGAAAUUUUCAUCUACCUGACGGUUUUACUCGAGAAAUAUACACUAUAAAUGGACGAUUUCCCAGUCCUCUCAUUGAAGUUAAUAAAGGUGACAUUUUAAUUUUUAAUGUCAAUAAUUAUUUAGAAGAUGAGACAACGAUUCAUUCACAUGGAAUGUUUCGACAUGAGACUCCUUGUUACGAUGGUGCUCCUGGAAAAAUACGGCGUGACAUUCCACCAGAAAAAUCAUUUACGAGAAAAGUUAUGCAAUAUGCUUUAAUGAAUCUAAUUCUGGUAUUAGAACCUACACCAUCAGAGUUAUUAACUAAUUGCGGUUUACCGCAAAAAAAGUUAGAAGAGGUGAAGCCAUCUUCAAUGAGUAUGAACUACGUGGUCAUUGAUGAAAAAGUAAAUCCAGGGCUUUAUAGGCAGAGGGGUAAACCUUAUAGACUAAGGUCUCAUCUUGCACUUCAUUAUCGAGACGUUCCUACGAUUUUGGCUUGA